AUGGGACGGAGCUGCUCCUUCCUCCUGCUCCUCUUCCUCCUGUCCCCGUGGCCCAGAGCCACCAUGGCACUGCUGCAGUACCGCCACGACUGCGGAGAGCUGGGAAUGCAGCUCCUGGUCUUCCCGUCCCAUGGCCGCACCGUCCGCUUCAAGGUUCUGGACGAGUUUGGCUCCCGCUUUGACGUGGCCAACUGCUCCAUCUGCCUCCACUGGCUGAGUUCCAGGGAGGACGGCUCUGUCAUCUUCUCCUCUGGCUACAAUGGCUGCCACGUCCUGUUCAAGGAGAACCGCUAUGUCCUGCGGGUGCAGCUGGAGGAGCUGCUCUCCGGCGGGAUCCCCGUCACCUCCUACGAGGUCAACAUGACCUGCCCCAAGCCAGGCGGCUCUGAGGCGCUCCCAGAUGGAACCCAGGGGACGAGCCGGGACAGCCCAACGCUGUUCUCCCACACCGGCCUGCACCAGGUCUCGGGCUCCUCCCUCACCCUCACAGGAUCCCACUUCUCAGCCCAAGAUCUCGUGGAGCAGGUUCACGCCCCUGGGAUUCGCCCAGGGUCUGUAUCCCAAAACCAGCCUGGGAUGAUGCAUGCUGGGGGUCAAAACCAACCUGGGAUUCGCCCAGGAUCUGUAUCCCCAAAUCAGCCUGGGAUUCGUCCAGGGUCUGCAUCCCACAACCAGCCUGGGAUUCGCCCAGGGCCUGUAUCCCAAAAUCAGCCUGGGAUGAUGCAUUCCGUGGGUCAAACCCAACCAGGCAUUCGUCCGGGAUUCGCCCCGGGUCUGUAUUCCAAAAUCAUCCUGGGGGUCAAAACCAACCAGGGAUUCGCCCCGGGUCUGUAUUCCAAAAUCAUCCUGGGGGUCAAAACCAACCAGGGAUUCGCCCAGGGUUUCAUCAGCCCUGGACCCCAGGCUGAGCCCCAGCCCGGCCUGGGACUCCCUGGGCUGCGGCCCCAGCCUGGAUUGCUGCAUCCUGGGAUUCACACCCAGCCCAGCCUGCUGCAGCCCACAGCGCUCUUCUACCCCUCGCCGGGGGCAGUCUGCUUCCCUCCAGGAAUGCAGCUGACCCGGGAGCAGUGCCAGGUGCCGGUGGGCCGCAUGCCGUGCGUGGCUCCACAGGGACGGGAUGCGUGCCUGCAGGCGGGAUGCUGCUACGACGACAUGGACCGCACCACGCCCUGCUAUUACGGGAAUACCGCCACCGUGCAGUGCCUGCUGGAGGGACACUUUGUGCUGGUGGUGCCGCGGGGAAUGGUGGCCCUGCCGUACAACCUGGACACCGUGCGGGUGGCCGGCGGCCAGGCGGGGUGCGAGCCCCGCCACGUGUCCGAGGCCUUCGUCAUGUUCCGCUUCCCGGUCACCCACUGCGGCACCACCGUCCAGGUGAUCGGGGACACGCUGGUCUAUGAGAACCAGCUGAUCUCCACCAUCGAUGUCCAGGGAUCCCCCCGUGGCUCCGUCACUCGGGACAGCGUCUACAUUCUCCGAGCUCGGUGCAUCUACAAUUCCAGUGACCUCCUUCCCUUGGGAGUGGAGGUGGCCGUGCCCCCCACAUCGGCCCCCCUGGCCAUGCUGGGCCCGCUGGCGCUCCAGCUGCGCAUUGCCACUGACGAAUCCUACAGCUCCUACCACGCUGUGGGUGACUUCCCCCUGGUGAGGGUGCUCCGGGACCCCAUUUAUGUGGAAGUCCGGCUGCUCCAGAAGACAGAUCCCAAUUUGGUGCUGGUGCUGCACCACUGCUGGGCCUCUCCCGGCUCCCACGCCGCAUCCCAGCCCCAGUGGCCCAUCCUGGUGGAAGGGUGUCCCUUCCAAGGGGACAACUACAGGACACGGCUGAUUCCGAUGGGUCCGGCCUCUCCGGAGCUGCCCUUCCCGAGCCACUACCAGCGCUUUGUCAUCUCCACCUUCGCCUUUGUGGAGCCCCCCAAAAUGGCUGUGCUGGAGGGGGAGGUGUACAUCUCCUGCAGCGCCUCCGUGUGCCACCUGGCCCAGCCGGAGCCCUGCCGGCCCUCCUGCCAGCUGGGAGUGCCCUCACGAGCACGGAGGUCUCCAGGGGACAGGAGGACAGGUGACAGCAUGGGGACAGUCACAUCCCAGGGAUGCAUUGUGUUUCCUGAGGCUCCCAAGAGAGGGGGAACUCAGCAGAGAGGCUGA